AUGGGCGGUAUCGCCGAGGAGUUGGCCCGGGAGGGAGCCAACCUGGUUUGCGCCGAUAUCCGCGCGGAUUACGCCGAGAAAUGCGCCUCGGCGAUAGUCGCCGAGGGAUACGACGCCAUGGGCGUAGGCUGCGACGUAACCGACGAGGACCAGGUGGUCGCCGCUAUCUCCCAGGCCACAGAACGAUUUGGGGGUGUGGACAUCCUGGUGAACGGCGCAGCUGUGUUCAACUUCAAGGGCGUGUUGAACAUGCCCGUAGACGAGUGGCGCCGCCAGACCGACAUUAUUCUCACCGGUGCCUUCUUGUUCACCAAGCAUGUGGCUCAUUUGAUGAUCCAGCAGAAUCGAAAGGGCAACAUCAUCAACAUCAUCUCCACCGCGGGGCAUCAGGGCGAGCCUGGCAACGUGGGCUACGGAACCGCCAAGGCAGGACUGAUCAACUUCACCAGGUCGGUGGCCAUGGAACUGGCCGAGUACGGCAUCCGCGUCAACAGCUUGACACCCACCGCCACCGACCAAUCGGAAGGACGGGAACGGGCCGCCAGAUGGGGCGUGGAUUGGCCGGCACCCCGCUCGGGACAACGUGCAGCGGGACUACUACCAGACGCCAGCAGAGGCGCGCCUUUGCUCAAGCUCCCCAGCCCGACAAAUUAUGGAAAGGCUGCGGUCUUCCUGGCAUCCGACGACUCCGAAAUGAUCACCGGAUUCGACCUGCGUGUGGAUGCCGGCGCCAUUUCCAGGUACUGGAUUUGGUCUCCUGGAGACGCUUAA